CAAAAUGGAACAUCAUUAAGAUGGGCGGUCGGCAGCCGGUGCGCCCCCGCGCCACCUAGAGGAUGGAACUGGCGACCAUCUUAACUCCAAACCCUAACCCUAGACUUAAUCCUUGGCCGCUGAAGUCUCCGGUGAAUUCUUCCUAUCUACGCCCCAAGCACUUCAUUGGAGCCCUGCCACAGCCGGUAUCAUGUUCAUUUUCUUCCAUUUCGGUUCGGCCGUCCUCUUCGGGGCUACAGCCAUCCCUGAGAUACGCAGUGCUCGGGGCUGGUUUUGCUGGUUUAUCUGUGGCUUGGCAUUUGUUGCUGCACAGUCCUAAGGAGUUGCAUGUGUGCAUUGACAUAUAUGAUGAAGUUGGCAUUGGUGGAGGUGCAUCCGGAGUAUCAGGAGGACUACUACACCCGUAUUCCCCAAAAGUUAAGCUUCUCUGGCGGGGUGCAGAGUGCUGGAGAGAGAGUUUGAAGCUUUUAAGCAUUGCAGAAGCAGCAGUUGGGUGCAGCAAAUUGGAAUCAGAAAGUAACUGCUAUACUCAGAGUUCUGAUGGAUUCAUAGUCAGGAGAAGAGGUAUUCUGAGACCAGCAAUCAGCUUGAAGAAUCUUGAUGUACUAAAUGAUAAUGCUCAGAAAUGCCUUGCCAGUUGUAGAAUAGAGUCUAUUGAUAAAGAUGCUGCCCAAGAUCUUGUGCCCAAUUUGUGUGUGCCUUUGAACUCUGCCUUCUACAUGCCUGAAGCUGUAAAUGUUUAUCCUCAACGCUAUCUCAUGGCACUUUUUUUAGCUUGUGAAGAUCUGGCGAAAGACCUGUCAACCCCUGGUUCUGGAAGAAAAGAGUUAAAUUUGCACAAGAAGUCUAUUAAUAACCUUCUUGAAUUUGCAGGGGAGUAUAGCGCAGUAAUUGUUUGUCUAGGUGCUAGAGCAGCAUUUCUUCCAGAACUCUCUGGGAAGCUCCCUCUAAGGACAUGCAGAGGUGUUGUUGCUCGCCUAGAGCUGCCUGAAGAUUCAAGUGGAAGCUAUCCGGACCAUAGCCCAUCAAUCUUGUCAGAUGCAUGGAUUGCUGUGCAGGGGCCUCGCAAUCUAUAUUUAGGAUCAACAUGGGACUGGAAUUCAAGAAAUUAUUUGCCCGAAGUCCCUUCAGAGGAAGCUUCAAAAGCCCUGGAAGAGCUUCUACACAAGGCAUCCGUCAUAUACCCAGCCAUAAAGAAUUGGAACUUCACUGGAGCAAGCGCAGGUCUCAGGGCAAUGCCACCACUCACUCCCCAUGGAUCACUGCCGCUUUUGGGUUGUCUUGAUGAUGAUUUUAUAGGCGGGAAUCUUCCUUCUUGUAAAUACUGGUUAUUGGGAGGGCUCGGUUCAAGGGGUCUGUUGUAUCAUGGUUGGCUAGGAAAACUGAUGGCACAAGCUGUGCUUUCCUGUAACGAAGAUUUGUUACCUUCUGAGCUGACAUCUUGGAAGAUAAAGAAAGCGUGAUAUUGUAAUUACAAGCAAUUUGACGUAAGUUAUAAGCUAUGCCAUUUGGCUUAUUCUCAA